UUUCAUCCUCGAUAAACUCCCGUCUCCACCCCAAACCAGAAAUCUUCAUCGGAGGGGUAGAAUAGAAUAGAAUGACGACAGCGGCAUCAACCCCGGCCGAGACGGCGGGGUCUUCUCGGCCGUGCAACCGGUGCAAGGACCACGAGGGCACCAUCGACUUGCGGGGUGCCGAGACCGUGUGCAAGACCUGCUUCGCAUACUACGUCUCCAGCAAAGCCAUCAAGCGCCUCGAGGCCCUGCAGCGCGAAACCGCCGCGCCUAGGCCAUCUAAUAAUAAGGUAGGCCCUACUACUAGGCGGCCGCAGCAGCGGUAUCUGGUCGGCUUGUCGUGCGGGCCGUCGUCGACGGCGCUGCUGCACGUGUUGACGGAGAAUGUGCGGCAGCAGCGCGCUAGGGGGCAGAAGACGUCGCGGUUCGAGUACGUUGCCGUGCAUGUCGUCGACGACACUACUAUUCCUUCUUCUUCUUCGACUGUAAGGGGGGGACGAAGGGAUGGGGAUGGGGAUGGUGAAGGUAAUAGGGAGGGAGAUGAAGAUGAAGACCCUUACAUCGCCGCCUUCCGCACCCGCUUCCCAGACGCAAACCUGCAAACCGUGCCCCUGAGCUCCGCGCUCGAUUUACCCUCCAUCGACUGGACCUCUCUACCUACCCCUACUCCCACCCCUCAAGACUCCUCCCCCUCCCCCUCCCACCGCCUCUCCCAAAUCCUCCAAUCCCUCCCCUCCACAACCUCCCGCGCCGACAUCCACCGCCUCCUAGUCCGGCACGUCCUCCUCGCCACCUCCCUUGCCCAAAGCUGCGACGCCCUCCUCCUCGGCCACAGCACCACCUCCCUCGCCGAGCUGACCCUUUCCGAGACCGCCAAAGGCCGCGGAUUCGCCUUACCAUGGCUUGUCAACGACGGCGCCGUACCCGUCCCUUCCAGCCUGAACCACGGGUUCCCCGCGGGCUUCCCCAGCGACGCCACCAAUAACAACAACAACAACAACAUCGCUUCCACCAACGGCAUCCCCACCCAGACCGCCCGACACCUCCCCAUCUACAGCCCGCUGCGCGAGCUGUUCCGCAAGGAACUCGUGCUGUAUAUCUCGCAGGCCUCGCCGCCGCUUAUCGGGCUUCUACCGCCUGUCGAAGCGGCCAAGAUUAGCAGUGCUGCUACCAACGGGAGCGGGGGUGUAGGUGUAGGCGGUGCGGUAGUUUCGCACCGGGACCUGAGCAUCGACGACGUGCUGGGGCGGUACUUCGGCGAAGUCGAAGCCAGCUACCCUUCUGUCGUGGCGAACGUCGUGCGUACGACGGGGAAAUUGCUGCGGCGGCCUGUGGAUGCCGAUCACGAUCAUCAUGACUACGAGGGAAACAUCACAAGUAGUAAUGCUACUAACUGCGGCCUCUGCGGCGCACCGGUCGACGAGCUAGGCGACGAGCGGUGGCGGGGUGAAAUUGGCGACGACGACGACGACGACGGGAACGGGGAUAGAGCAGGGACUAGACGGAAGCUAUGCUACGGAUGCCAACGGUCUAUACGCCAAUAGCAGAUAGCUACCUAGCUUACCUCUAUGUAUUUCCGGGACUUCCCUACCUCCCUUCACCUUGACAACCAAUACGAAAAACCGGCGACUGAAGUCUGUGAAUAACAAAAAUAUU